UCAUCUCACCUCAAAUUCUCUCGUUUAGAUCUGGUAUUUUUGUUCAGUUGGUUGCAUCAUCGCCGCUUCUGUCUCUGACCAUCAUCGUCGUCUUCAAGCAUCACCGCCGCUUCUUUAUCGAUCAGGUAUAUUUUAUUUUAUUUUUAAUUAUCGUUUGAAUUUUCAUUUUAGGAUUUUCAGUUUUUGAAUUCUCAGUUUUUGGAUUUUCGAUUUUCAAUUUUCAUUUCUGAAUUUUCAUUUUUGGAUUUCCGUUUUUCAAUUUUCAAUUUUUUAAUUUUCGCUUUUUAAAUUUCAGUUUCUUAAAUUUCGUUUUUUGAAUUUUCAUUUUUGGUUUUAAAUUUUCAGUUUUUGAAUUAUCGCUUUUUAAAUUUUUAGUUUUUGAACUUUUGUUUUCAAUUUUCGUUUUUUGAUCUUCGUUUUUGGAUGUUCAUUUUCGCUGUUGUUUUGGUUUGGGUUUUUGGAUCUAUUGUUUUGGUUUGGGUGGGUCUAUUCGUGGGGUUGUCGGGGAGGUUGGUGCUUGCCGGCUCGUGUGGGGGUUCGGGUGGGUGGGGCUUUGGGUUCGUAGAUGGUUUGGGUAUUUGGGUUAGGGUUUCGCAUUUUGGGUUGGGUUUGGGGGGUUUUUGGGCGCGGUGGGUCUGGGGUCUUGGGUUAGGGAUGGCAGGAUUUCGAGUAAUAAGCGACAAUCUACAAUUCCCAAUCACAUUGUAAUGUUUUGGUAUCUAGAAGAGAUAUUUUUUAUAGUUUACUCAUCUUUGGUAUCACCCUUCCGUUUAAUAUUAGCUAUAGUAUCUAAUUCUACUUGUUUGUUUAUUUGCUUAAAACUUGUUGUGAUUGUGAACCAUAGAUUCAAGUAUGACGAUGAUGCUGAUGACUGGUAAAUGCAUGUUGAUGUUCAAGCUUAAAUUAAUGUUAUAUUGAUUGAUUUUGAUUUGGCUUUGGUUGUUUGAUGAUUGUUAUUUGAUAUAUUAUUAGAAGAGACUUGUGAUAUUAUAGAUGAUAUAUUAUAGAGCUAAGUCUUUAGUCCAAUGUAUUAUAAUUUCACGUAUGUAUGGCCUGAAUGUUAUACUUCUCCAGGAUCCCAAAUUGUUAGCAGCUCUAGCAGAAAGUCAAAGAAGGCAAGCCCCCUAUGCUGGUGCCUUCCUUGUUAAAGAUGAGGCUGAUUCUAACACAGAGAAGAACAUUAAUGAUCUUAAAGGAAAAGAACUUUUAAAUCAACUGCAUGAAGUUGGGACGUUGGCCCAGAUUACAAGCAUCCAGGGAGAGCAGGUUGUUCUUAUCGGUCACCGGAGACUUCGGAUAACGGAGAUGGUGAAUGAGGAUCCUCUCACUGUCAAAGUUGAUCAUCUGAAGGCAAGGCAUUGAAUAUUUUCUUUUUCGCAAUUUUUUCUUUAAACUGUUUUCUUGUAAGUUGUAAUUGCUUGUUUAGAUUGAUGCCGAGCUGAUCGAGGCCACUCUUCUUGUUGUAGGAUUUACCAUACGACAAAAAAUGAUGAUGUCAUAAAAGCAACCUCAUUUGAGGUUAUAUCUACUGUAAGGGAUGUAUUGCAAAGAAGUUCACUCUGGAGGGAUCAUGUUUAAACAUAUACAAAGGUGAGGUUGAACAUCAAGCUCUUGAGUUGCCUAAUCUAUUAAUUAACAUCGUUGCAUUCUCUGUGGUAGUAGGACAAGUUCACUUGACAGGACUGUUUAGCAAAUUAUAUGUGUUAAUAUUGGGUAUAGUGAGUGUUGUGCUGUAGUAGCAUCUGGUGUCGUGGGAUUAUUUUAAUGAUUUUAAGAAUGAUAUUGGUACGAGUUAAGUAUCAAAAUGUUUUAAGUGUAAAUUAAACAGAUCUUGAUUGGCAUGUGGAGACGGGCAUAGACAGGGGAAUCAAUCGGUUUGAUAAGGUUGGGGGGUUGUGAAAAUUCAAAAUUGUGGUAUAAUAUAGUGAAUGCUUCAUCACCAAGACACCAACCCCAAUUCUCUCUCCUCGUUUCUUCAUCACACUCAAUUUGUUUUAGCUGAUCUGAGUUGGCUUGUUGCUUUUCAGUUUUUGUUUGUUUCUGUUUUAUGUGUGAUUGUAAUUAAAGAAUCAGUUAUAUUGGUGAUGAAAAGUUUACUGGGUUUGGUUUUUCGUGGAUUUAGUUGCUUCUUAAAUGGGAUGUUUUGAUUUGUUUUGUUGUUGUGGUGAUUUGUGAAUUUUGGUGUAGAAACUAUUAACAGCAAUGUAAAUGGUUUUAGUUGUUGAAUGGAAAAUAUAAGCAGGUUUUUCGUUGGGUAGGGUUGGGUUUGUGGUUAUGGAUGGAUGGUUUUAGUGUGGGGCUGGGUGGAUUUCGAAGGGUGGUGGUGGGUAGUUCGUGUGGGUCUGGGUGGGUCUGUCACUUAAUUGGGGGUGCUAACAAUUUUUUUUUUUUGAUUUUUUUCUGUUUCAAAUUGUGAUUUUUUUACUUUUGCAGGUUUGUUUGAGUUUGAUAGGAUGACUUGGAAAGGUUGAAGAUUGAAGAUUUAUAUAUUGAAGAAGAAAUGAUUGCUUUCUAAUGUAUUAGAUAGAUUUGUUUAUUGAAGAAGAAAUGAUUUCUUUCCUCUAAAUUUGCAUUAUUAUAUUUGAUAGUGACAAGUCUGACCCAACACGAUAACCAAGAAAAAGUGGUUACUGACAAGUCUCAACAUUGCACCAUACAAAUACAAGCCUGGAACAUUACAUUUGAAAAAAGAAAACAGAGAAUUACCGUACGGGGUCUGACUCUGAAAUCGGAUGCUAAUUAGCAUCCGACUUUAGAGUCGGACGCUAAUUAGCAUCCGAUUGUAGAGUCGGACGCUAAUUAGCAUCUGAUUCUAGAGCCGGACGCUAAUUCGGAUGCUAAAUUUGAAAAUGUUUUGAAGUCGCCAACAAUUCCUUAAAGGAAGAAUCAUAAACCUAAUUGGAUAUGAGAAAACCACAGGGACAAAUUAGGGACUUAUCCAAUGUAGAUUUCCCCGU